CCUAGCUAAUCACGUGACCAGAAGAUUGCGGGAACUUCAAGACGAAAAUGGCAACCACUGUUGGACAAAAACACCAAGAAAAUAUCCAAAUGGCUGCAACUAAAGGGAAAAAAACGCCUCAAGAUGGACUAAACAGACUUGCACCAUCAGAUGGCAGAAAAACUUUGCAGACCCUUCAGUACUCUGCUGUAAAGGAUAGGAAAAAUCUGGGAAAAGAUGCUCUCCUGAAUGCACAGAAAGAAAAGUGUGGAAAAGACAGCAUUCAGAUCUAUGUUGAUCCAGAAACCCCUGAUGUUAAGAGCAAGACGUUUGAUGACAAGGGAGUUCAGACAGAUAAAAAGUCAAUAUCGGAGGAUGACAUUGACCAGGAGGCUUACGAUUUAAUGGUCAAUGAGGAAAUUCCAGAAAACUACUGGAGAGAUCUGGCUGAACGCAGAAGAGAAGCACUGGACGAAUCAUUGAAUGAGAAUGAACAGCUUCAUGGUGAGAUUGAUGAGCUACGAAAUGAAAAUCAAAAACUUGAAAAAAUGGCAAGCCAAGCAGAAUAUUUUGCUGGUGUAAUCCAGGAGUUGGUUGGUGUUGGUGAAGAAACGGAGGCAGAAGACAGCGAGGAUAAAUCUGAAGACCAAGAGGAGGGACGAGAUACCUGUGAUAAAGUAUCUGAUGAUCAGGACAGUGAAAAUAGUGACAGUCCCACAAAAUCAGAGGAAACGUUUAACAAGGUCAACCACGAAACAACAGGUCUCAAAGAUGAAUGCCAGUCGGUCACAAAAGUAGAAACUUCCUGAUUUUACUUUUACUUAAUACAAUAUAUGUGUAGUCCCUGCUGUUGGAGAAAUCUAGACCGGUAUUGUGUUUAAUUUGGAGACUGAUAUCAAUAAAAUUUUACACAAGACAGAAAAAUCUUGUUUAAAUUUA